AUGGCUAGCCAAAACCCUCGUCCUCGCAAUGAGGACAUUCGGAUCGCCAUAAUAUGCGCCUUGAAUCUCGAGUACGAUGCUGUCAAACUUGCUUUUGAUAUGACAUGGGAGGGGACUAGAUACGACACUCAAGAUGGCUACUGUUACUGCGUCGGCCAAAUCGGCGGCCACACUUCCUUACUAGUGUCCUGCGAGCCGGGAAAGGUCAACGCAGCGACCGUAACGGGUUCGAUCCAAGUCACCUACACCGGAAUCAAGCUAGCCGUUGUAGCUGGCAUAUGCGGCGGAGUACCACGUAUCGGCACCGAUCAAGAACUUCGUCUGGGAGACGUGGUGAUCAGCAAAAGCAUCUUCCAAUACGACUACGGCCGAAAGAAUCCUGACAAGUUUCGCCCAAAAGAAGACAUCGAAGACGUGCUUCCUAUGCCUGGCAGGCAAAUUCGUUCCUUUCUGAGCAACCUACAACAACGCGACGCCAACCUUGCCCUACAGCUUGAAACCAAUCGGAUUCUUCAAGUGGUACAGCGGCAGGAGGUCGAAAAGUAUGAUAUACCCAAGUACGGACGCCCCGACGAAGAAGAUGAUUACCUCUACGAAGCGGACUAUGUUCACAGGCAUCGCGAUUCUCGACAGUGUGACUGCAAGGAGUCUGGUGCUUGUGAGGAGGCACGCGAUGCAUCCUGUGAUGAGCUCGGUUGCGAGGAUUCUCAUCGUGUUCCAAGACCUCGCAAGAGGCAGAAGUUACAAGAUGGAAACAGCAGCAGCCUUGAUGUUUCACCACAAGUUCGCGUGAGAUUCGGUCGUUUCGGAUCUGGCGAUACCGUCAUGAAGAGUGGACGGGAUCGCGAUACAAUUGCGUCGCAACACGGUCUCAUGGCUUUUGAGAUGGAGGGGGCCGGCGUCCGCAGUCACAAUCAUGACAGCAUCAUUGUCAAGGCAGUUUGCGACUACGCAGACAGCCACAAGAACAAGAGCUGGCAAAACUUCUCGGCAGCGGUAGCGGCUUCUGCGACAAAAGCUGUCCUGGAAAGCUUCUCAUGCGAACCAAAGAUUCCAUGCACAAGCCAACUUGUCGAAUUCGGUGGGAACCCACAACUUACGACACAGACCGGAGUGGAAAGCAGAACCGACAGUUUCAUUGCCGGACAUUCUAAAGGAGAAUACGACGAAAUUGAAAGCAAACUACUCCCAUUGCUUGCGGCGGAACACGAAAGAUACAAGAACUUCAACCCCCCUAGAGUCAGGGGCACUUGUGAAUGGUUUCUCAAGGACCGGAAGUUCCGGGAAUGGCUCGAGAGUUCGUCAGGCAUCAUCUGGGUCUCCGCCGGACCUGGCUGCGGCAAGUCAGUGCUAGCAAGGUCCUUAAUCGACGAGAACAUGUUGUCGACAAACCCGGAAAAGGCUACUGUCUGCCACUUCUUCUUCAAGGACGGCCAAGAGCGGCGCACGAGCAGCUCUGACGCACUAUCUGCCAUCUUACACCAGCUCUUCGACCCAAAGAGAGCCAAUGGACUGAUCCGCCACGCACAAAACCCCUUCAAAAGUCACGAAGAAAAGCUUCGAGACAACUUUUACCAGCUCUGGGAGAUUCUGGUUAAUUGCGCCAAAGACCCUAACGCCGGCGAAAUCGUCUGUAUCCUUGACGCGUUGGAUGAGUGCAAUGAAAGAUGCGGCAAAGAGAUUCUCCGGGUACUCAAAACCUUCUAUUUCGGAGACAAAACGCGCGCUUCUUCGCGACUCAAGUUCAUCAUCACAAGCCGUCCAUAUGAUCACCUAGAGUCCGAAUUCUUGAAGUUUUCCGACGGCGGAUUAUACGUCCGACUAGACGGAGACGACAAGUCCGCAGACAUAGGAGUCGAGAUCAAUCUCGUUAUUGACUACAGAGUCAACGAAAUUGCGGAACGGUUUUCCAUUGAACAACGUCAAAAGCUGCUGAAGCAUCUGAAGGAUAUGGACCAUCGCACCUACCUCUGGCUUCAUCUCACUAUGGGCAUCAUCGAUGAAAGACGGAGCGCGUACGGCAAGCUCUCCAGGAUUGAAAAAUUACUGAAAGACCUUCCAUCGGAUGUAACUGAAGCAUACGAAAAGAUUCUAAGUCGCAGCCCGAAUGCGUUGGAUGCCAGAUGCCUUCUUCAGAUCGUACUGGCCGCAAAGUACCCUUUGACGCUUGAGGAGGUCAACCAUUGCUUCGCACUGCAAGAGGAAAGGUUCAGCAGGGGCUCAUCAUAUUCAUAUGACGAUCUUGAGACUGAGCUAUGGACCAGUGAGACGGUCAAGAGCACGAUACGAAAUCUCAGUGGACUUUUUCUCAGCGUUUGCAAUGACAAGGUCUCCUUCAUUCACAAGACGGCAAGAGACUUCCUCAUUGCAGAGUUUGGCUCGCAGACUUCUGAUUGGCAGGGAAAGUUCCACCUGCCUUCAGCACACAACCUCAUGUUCAUUUCCUGCUUUCGUUUUCUAUCACUGCAGGAUUUCAAUGUGCUUUUGAAAGCCAAAAAAGCCCCCCCAUUCAUGGUAUACGCUGCUAAGAACUGGGUCGAUCACUACAACUCACAAGAUGAGAAGGACAGGGACAAGGUCCACCAAGAUGCGCAGCAACGCGGUUAUGAGAUCAAGGUCACGCAAGAUGCCGUUAUUGCCCUUGCAAUGAACAGGGAAGCUGACAGGGACACGAUAGGUUUGCUUCUGGAAAAGGGUGGAGAGGAGGUUGAAAUUACACAAGAGGUUUUGCUUGCUGCGGCUGCGGAAGGUUCAGAUUCGAUCAUGGAUUUUCUUCUGGAAAGGUAUGACAACAAGGUUCAGGUCACGCAAGAGGUGAUUCUAGCCAGAGCGACGAAGUGCUUGGGAAAUGCAUACGGGAUGGCUUCAAUUCUAGAGAAGGGCGGUGAAGGGGUCAGGAUUAAUCAGGAGGUCCUCCUUACUGCAGCCCGCAAAGGGAGCAUGACGACUGUAGACUUUCUUCUAGAAGAGCACGGCGACAAAGUCAAAGUUACGCGAGAUGUCAUAAAAGCUGCGGGAAAAAACUGGAUACUUGGGGAGAGAAUCAUAUCUUUGAUUUCAGAAAGGUAUGGUCAUAUGGAAGAAAUCAAGGCUUGGCUGUCUGAAGAAUGGGACUCUGAUGAGGACUCUGAUGAGGAGAACUCUGAUGAGGAGAAGUACAACGACAGGGAACACGAUGAAGAUGGGAACGAAGAAAGAGAUGGGAACGCGGAAACGACGGAAGAUAGAUAG